ACAAGCAACAAUUGCCUGCCAUCCAACAAGCAAGCUAUAACUGGUCGCUUGGUUCCAUUAAUUGCCACCCAGGAUUACUGGGAGCUCAAAGACUACGGCACCUCCCACAUUUUGGUAAGCUCUCCCACGCAUCUACUGCGAUGGAGCUGAAAUUGAAAAGACAGAAAGUCUCCACCCCUCUUGACUUUCAAGUGUUCUCGGGACAUGGGGAUAUUUGGAUGGAACAAAUCCUCCCCUGUCUUGGCAUGGGACAGUAUGCCUUUGUUGGGGCUGUGAACAAACAACUAAACAAAUUGUACAAGGAAUAUUGUUCCAGAGUAGACAACCCUGCGUUGGCGAAGGAGCCUCGAGUACACAAUGAGAGAAAAAUACCUCUAACCAGCACCGAUACGUACUACGGUGCAGCUUUCUGUAAUGUGGCAUGUGCUGAAUACUGGCUCAGCGAUGAUUCCACCGAUAAGCUUCCCACUGGCGAUGAUGUCUUGAAGGCCGCUGCAAGAGUUGGGAACAUUUCAGUUAUUCAGUGGGCAAUGAAAAUAGGAUAUUAUUCGUGGGGAGCAGGGACAUGCGCAGCUGCUGCUGAAGGUGGUCACCUGGAGAUGCUGAAAUGGUUGCGCGAAAAGAGAUGCCAAUGGGAUGCUUCAACAUGCUCUGCAGCUUCUCAAAAUGGUCAUUUUGAAAUGCUAAAGUGGGCCCACGAGAAUGGUUGUCCAUGGGAUGCCGAUACAAUGGUGGGUGCUGUGAAGGGUGGGCAUCUCAACAUUCUGAAAUGGUUGCAAUUGAAUGGCUGUCCAAAGCACGAUUGGCUCCUCGUCCAUGCUGCUUAUGGUGGUCACUUGGAAAUCGUGAAAUACGCUCUUGACAAUGAGUUAGGUACGAGCUUGACACAUCUGAUAUGUUCGAUUGCUGCCGGUGCUGGUCACUUGGAAAUACUCCAGUGGGCUCAUGCCCAUGGAUAUUCUUGGAAUUCCACCACCUGCUCUGUGGCUGCUAGAGAGGGUCACUUUGAAAUUCUAAAAUGGCUGCAUGACAAUGGAUGCCCAUGGGAUGCGUGGACAUGCACAGUGGCAGCAAAGAAUGGUUACUUUGAUAUUUUGAAAUGGUUGCAUGAAAACAAAUGUCCCUGGGAUGAGAGAACAUGUGAGGCUGCUGCCAAAGGUGGGCAUCUUGAUAUCCUCAAGUAUGCCAACAUAAAUGGUUGUCCUUGGAAUGCACUCACAUGCUUUCAAGCAGCCAGAAAGAAUCAGUUUGAAAUUAUGCGAUGGGCUCGCGAGCAUGGUUGCCCAUGGGAUUUAAGGACGUGUGCGGCUGCUUCUUUUUUUGGUCGCCUUGACAUGCUGAAAUGGGCACGGGCCAAUGGAUGCCCUUGGGAUUCAUUGACAAUUCGUGCCGCUACAAAAAAGAAUCAUGUAGAAAUCGUUGAUUGGGCACGUGCAAAUGGUUGCCCCGAAGAGGGAGCGGAAGACGAUGAGAGCGAAGACGAAUGGGACUCUUACGAAGAGGAAUAUGAUUAGAAGGAGAGGAAGCGGAGGAACCCCCACAAAAUGAGUGCAGGUAACCAACAUAUAGCCAUAAAAUUCUUGUAGGUUGAUCUUAUGAAUUG